CACGUCGCAUUUCUCUGCUUUUUCGCGAGAUUGUCGCUUCUCGUUCACUGUGUCUGUCCUGGAUCCGAAACGAAAACAACGGUGUUCGCUUUUCCCUGGGGAAAUUCGUUGCCGAGCGUAAUUGGCGUGGACGAAACAGGAGCCACUUUUCGGUGGUUGCCUAAGCCCUGAGAUCCGAGAGCAUAGUGUGUGUGAACGAUAUGGUGGACUACUACAAGGUACUCGAGGUGCAACGAACCGCCUCCAGCGGUGACAUCAAAAAAGCGUACAGAAAAUUGGCAUUAAAAUGGCAUCCGGACAAGAACCCGGAGAACCUGGAAGAAGCGAACAAGAGGUUCAAAGAGAUCUCCGAGGCGUACGAAGUGCUCUGCGAUGAUGCGAAGAGACGAACCUACGACCAACGAUUGUAUCAGAAGGCGUCGUCGAGGCCCGGCCGUGGAUUCACCUGCCGGAAUUACUUUGACUCUGCUUUCCAUCGAUUUUUCGAAAAGAAGAGGCGAGUUUACGAUCAGUAUGGAAAGGAGGGUCUUCAAAUGCCUGGCGGCAAGAGGCGACACCAUGACGACUUUGAUACACACUACACCAGCACCUUCGUAUUCAGAGAUCCAGCGGAAGUGUUCAGAGAAUUCUUCGCCGAUGCACCUUUCGCGGAUUUAUACAAAAUGUCCAGUGACCUCAAUGGAGGAUUCCACAGGCAUAGCCAUCCAAGCAGUAACAGCAUCAGUACGUCCUUCCUCGAUCCGUUUGGCAUCGGUUUUUCACCGUUCAACAACCUUUUCGAAGGUGCACCGGGCCACUUCACCUCGUUCAACACGUUCACGACCUUCGGCGGGACCAGCGGCAGCGGCGGUGGUGGUUUCGGUGGCGGCGGCGCUGUAAAGAAAACAAGCACCUCGACUAGAUUCAUCAACGGCAAAAAGAUCACCACCAAGAAGGUUUUCGAGAACGGCAAGGAGAUCAUAAUGUCCUACGAGAACGAUGUGCUGAAGUCGAAGACUGUGAACGGCGUGCCACAAUCAAUAACGUUUGACGAGUCGGCAUCGACCAGUCGCCCGCGGACCGACAAUUCCAGCAGCUCGACGAUCGGUCACCAGAACACAAGAACGGUCCACGACGAUCAUCUGAAGGCUAGCCGAAUAAAGACCCACCAUCAUCCGAUUCUCACUAAGAAGCACACGGACAAGAGUAAGAGAAAAUAGAGGCCCACCAUAUCUCUUGCAGCCUUUUUCUCUACGUUCAUUUCUCUCUUCCGUUAAAUCUUUUUUAUUUCUUUCCGUUGGUCUCUUCAUCUUUCCAAUCAAACACACACAUAUACACCCAAGCACACGUUACAUGCAUAUACAUAUGUGUACACCACUGCGAAGCCGAUGUAAAUUUCCGUUUCUUUUCCUGAUUAACGUUGCUCUGCUUAUUACUACUACGCUGUCGUUCAGAAUAAGGGAACGUGUGUACGGUGUUGUGGUUCCCCACUCCCCCUCUCAGGAAGAAAAAGGCGAGCCUGCGCGAAGAAACGAAGUCCUCUGUUUUGUUAAUUUAGCUAUCGCAAUCUGGUCAAUUAUAUUUUCGGUUCCUUUCGAUCAA